GGAGCGGGACCGCGCCAGCGGCGAGAUCGACGACGUAAGGAACGUAGGAAGGAAGGAGAGGCUCCCGUGUCGGUGUCGGUUCGCGCUUGCAUUGCUUUUCGAAGCUCGCGCGCGAAAGGUUCGUGGGUAGGUGCGUGAGCGCGUGUGCCGAUCCUGGACGCACGUGAAAAUCCGAGUCCGGCCCGUAGUAAAGACACGGUGGGUCCCCGCGCGUCGAGAGGACCAAUUUUUUUCCGACCGGUGCACCGGACCCGCGGUCUGCCGCCCUUUUAUUCCUCCUCUUCCUUCUCUUCCUCCGCGUUCUUUUCCCGUCGAAUCUGCGCGCCCCGGCCCGGCCCGGCCCGGCCCGUACAACCGUAAAUCGCUGGAACACGCUCGGGACGUCCGCGCGGAUCACGCGCCGGCAAAGCCGCUGCCCGCGCCGCCAGCUUUGAGGUCAAACGGAAUAACGGGGAGAAAGGCGGAGUGCAAGUUAAACCGUGCGAGGAAAGCGGAAGAAGAAGGAUCUGCCAGGGGUCACGGAGAAAGUUUACAAGAGGUUCUAUUGUCAACGUAAUUAUCCAAGUGACGUGUGUCUCAAGUGGCAUCGCCGCGGCUUCGUCUCUCGGAGUAAUCCUGCUCUCCCGGGAAACUAGAAUGUGGCGGCUAACGUUCUGGACGUACUUCCUGCUGAUUGCGUUAUCGCUGGCUCCGCUGCAAAGGGUCCUCGCUUGCACCUGCGUGAGGUCCCAUCCGCAAACAUUGUAUUGCAAGUCAGACUAUGUGGCGGUGGUGAGAGUGAGGGGAGCCGAGAAGAGGAACGACAUCCAGCUGGCGUACCACGUGAAAGUGAAUAAAGUCUUCAAGGACCGUAACGCCGUGAAUCCCGUGAAUUUCCCGAAGCGUCAGAUUUUAUGGACCGUGGCGGCGGACAGCAUGUGCGGCGUCGCUCUGAACGUCGGCGAAACUUACGUGGUCGGCGGGAUGAUCGACAAAGGUAGAAUCGGCCAGGGAAGGAUACAUCUGUCGCUGUGCAACCUGCACAUGCGGUGGUCCGAGGUGCCGCCCAGGCAACGGAAAGGCUUCAGAGGCCUCUUUCACCGCGGCUGUGCUUGCGACGUGAACUACACACCGUGGUGGAGGAAGGGCGAAGAUUUGGAGAACGGCGGCAGGAAGCGGUGUUUAUGGGAGAGUGAGCCGGGCCCGUACCAUUGCCAGGAGACCUACGGUACCUGCCUGGCGACGCCAGGCGGCUGCGGCUGGGCCCCCUCGAUCCCCUACAACAACUGCAUCAAAGAGCACCAGCAGAAACGCGAGCAGCAGAGGCUGCUCGAGCCUUAACGAUAGCCGGCUUCGUUCGCAACGACAGACGCGCUUUGGUUCUGCGGAUAGAACGGGUACCGGUCGCGCGCGCGAGAGAGAGAGUGAUGUGAGAGAGAGAGAAAUGGAAGAGAGAGAGAGAGAGAGAGUGAGAGAA